AUGGCGAUUGCAAUCCAAACACCAGAGGAGUUUCACGCCGCUAUUGGCGAGAAGCAGCUGACGGUUGUGCAGUUUUCGGCACCGUGGUGCGGCGGGUGCAAGAUGGUGGCGCCCAAGGUGACCAAGUUAAUGGAGUCGGAGUUUUCUCAUGUCAAGUUUCUCAAAGUGAGUGCAGAAGAGCUCGAAGAGUUCUGCGAAGAGAUCGAUGUCGACAGCUUUCCGACGUUCCGCGUGUACAAGAAUGGCGAAGUAGCGGCGUCGUACGUGAGCUCGAAAUUCGAGAAAGCCGAGGAGUUCAUUCGUAACAAUGCGCAAUAA